AUGGUAUUAUUUCUGUGCUGUAUAGAUCACGUUUCCCUGAGACUGGUGGACGGUGGAAGUCGUUGUGCCGGAAGGGUAGAAGUUUACUACAACGGAACCUGGGCCACGGUGUGCGAUGAUUCUUGGGAAUUAACAGAUUCUAAUGUUGUCUGUGAAGAAAUGAAUUGUGGAUAUGCUGUGAAUGCUACAGUUUCCAGCUGGUUUGGCCAGGGUUCAGGUCCUAUUUGGGCGGACAAUCUGAAGUGCCCAGAGGAUAAUUGGGCCUUGUGGCAAUGUCUGGCGAGACCAUGGGGUAAGAGAGACUACAGUAAUAAAAAAGAUGCUGGAAUUAUCUGUUCAGGUAAGGAGUCGAUAAGGUUGGUGAAUGGAAUGAAUCCCUGCCAGGGCAGACUUGAAGUUUUCUUUAACGGGACCUGGGGCACCGUUUGCUCUGAUUCCUUCAACAUGGUGAAUGCAGAAGUAGUCUGCGCCCAGCUCAACUGUGGAUCAGCAACAUCUGUAGAAAACAAGGAGGCAUUUGGCAAAGGACCUGGGCCGAUCUGGCUUGAUGAUGUGAAAUGUCGCUUGGACGACUCGCUCUUAUGGCAAUGCCCUUCUUCACCCUGGGGCCAACAUAACUGCAACCACGAGGAGGAUGUUGGAGUCAUUUGUUCAGCGCUACAGCUCGUGGCAGGCUUCGAUAAUUGCUCGGGAAGAGUUGAAGUUUACUUCAGUGGGACGUGGGGAACGGUGUGCGAAGAUUCCUGGGAUAGUCACGAUGCUGCUUUCGUCUGCAGACAAUUAAACUGUGGAGAUCCAGUCCUGGUUCCCAGCGGGAAGAUGUUUGCCCUUGGAAACGGCACUAUUUGGAUGGACGAGGUUAAAUGCAAGGGGAUUACAAAGAUAUUGGCACUGAUGGAUGGAGGCAGUCCUUGUGCUGGAAGACUGGAGGCCGGCAGUUUCUCUCAGGUGUCGUCGAUCAUCUGCGGCCGAAUGUGGGAUAUGAAUGAGGGUCGCGUUUUAUGCAACUACCUUGGUUGUGGCGACGUUGUAUCUGCGUCAGGGAAUUCACGAUUUGGAGCUGGAAAGUUGCCCGUGCUGCAAGCUGAAGUUCACUGCAAUGGCGCCGAGGACGACCCGUGGAAAUGUGAGAGAAAAGCGUUAGCUCACAACAACUGCUCUAAAGAGGAAACAGCUGGCGUGGUUUGCUCGGAUCAUAUUCCCACUAGACUGGUGGAUGGCGGAAGCAGUUGUGCUGGAAGGGUAGAAGUUUUCUACAACGGAACCUGGGGAACGAUAUGUGAUGAUUCUUGGGAUUUAACAGAUGCCCACCUUGUCUGUCUCGAGCUGAACUGUGGGCAUGCUCUGAAUGCAACGGGCUCUAGUUGGUUUGGCCAAGGAUCCGGGCCGAUCUGGGUAAACAACAUGAAUUGUUCAGCGAAUAGUUCGGCCUUGAGGCAAUGUCUAGCGAAACCAUGGAGCAAGAGCGACUGCAUUCAUAAAGAAGAUGCUGGAGUUAUCUGCUCAGAUCACAGGGAGAUAAGGUUGGCGAAUGGGAAGAAUCGCUGCCAGGGCAGACUUGAAGUUUUCUUUAACGGGACCUGGGGCACGGUUUGCUCUGAUUAUUUUGUCAUGGAGAAUGCAGACGUGGUUUGCGCCCAGCUCAACUGCGGCUCAGCAACAUCUGUAGAGAACAGCGCGGCAUUUGGAGAGGGAUCUGGGCCGAUCUGGCUCGAUGAUGUGAGAUGUCGUUUGGACGACUCACUUUUAUGGCAAUGCCCAUCUUCACCCUGGGGCCAACAUAACUGCAACCACGGGGAGGAUGUUGGGAUCAUUUGUUCAGCCCGUGGAAUAUGGCAGCCGUCAACGGUUGAAUUUCCUGAGCCAUUCUACGAGGAGAUAGAGAUUAAGGAGUUUGGGACACGAUUCGAUUCGCAUUCUGUCAGUUCAGUUAGCAAAGUGGAAUAUUAUAUAAACAGCGAUUUGCAGGAAAGUGAAGAUGUAAAUAUGGAAGUCCCUCGGGAUCGACGAGUCCAGUUUCCACUCAGUUUAUAUGGGUUCUGGGGAGGCUAUGAGCUCAAUGUGGGAACCGCAGACUCUUCCAUAGACGGGAAAAGAACUGGCUACCGGGACGGCGGGCUGGUUGUUUGUUCAGGAUGUGGCCUCCGCUCCAUCGGCGAGACCAAGCGCAGACUGGGCGUCCGUUUUGCCGAGUACCUGCGGUCUGUCCGUGAAGUCCACAAAUCAGAGACCGACUGCAAUCCAUUUUAUCGCUACCUGCAAUUAAGUGAAAACCAGACAAAGUUGAAAAGGAACGAUGACGGCCUUGCUGAGAAAGACAGCCCCAAGGCAAGAUUCCUUCUGGCCGGCGUCUGCGUUCGGUUCCGAGGAAGCAUCCAGUCUCGUACCGGUGUUCCGCAUUUGGGUUCUCCGCGAUCUCGCUCCUCGUGUGACAUCAUGCUCGUUGGUUUAACAUCAGUGGUGGCUAACAAUGUUGGAAACAAUAGCCGGGGGAAAGUUAACAGUAACGUGGAGAGGUUUGGGUUAAAUAACUCUCAAAAUACUAACCUGCAGGUGCGGUUGGUGCUUAGGAUGGCAAACGACUUUGAUUCGGGGAAGCUGUGA